AUGGCUUCACAAAACACUCAACUUCAAUUCCAAGACUCACUACCUUUGAUGGCAAACAAGCUAGGUGGAGACGGGUUAAUAGACGAGCUUUGCAAUGGGUUCAAUCUCUUGAUGGAUUCUAGUAAAGGAGUUAUCACCUUUGAAAGCCUUAAGAGGAAUUCAUCUUUGUUUGGAUUACAAGAUUUAAGCGAUGAGGAUCUGAGAAACAUGAUUGUGGAAGGUGAUUUUGAUGGUGAUGGUGCUCUUAGUCAGUUGGAGUUUUGUGUCUUGAUGUUUAGACUUAGUCCUGAACUCAUGGAUGGCUCUAAAUUAUGGUUGGAACAAAUGCUUCAACAAGAAAUUAAAGAUUUUUUCUAA